AUGCAAAAAGCAAGUGAAAGAGCAAUAGCAGAAAGGCAAAAACAAGAAAGUGAAAAGGCAGAAAACAAGCAAAAGAGCAAUAGCAAAAAGACAAUACAGAAAACAAAAAGACAGAAAACAAAACAGCAUAAAAAAAACAAGCAAAAAGCAAACAGCAAAAAGACAAGUGAAACAAACAGCAAAAAAAGUAAAAAGAGCCCAAAAAGGCAAGCAAAAAGGCAAAAAAACAAAAAACAAACGAAGAUCAACACGAACAGAAAAAAAAAAUAUGCUGACAAAACUAAAUUAUUUGAUAGUGAAUUUAUUGACGCUGCACGUAACAAAGUGAUAAAUGAAGAGUUGAAUGAAGCAGUAGUUGAAAACUAUCAAGAUGCAUAUUAUGAAGUAAUAAAUAAAGAGUUAAACAAAUCACUAUCACCAAAUAAAGUAGAAGUUGAAAACUAUCAAGAUGACACAGGUCAUAGGCUUAUAUUUGAUAUGGACUCUUUGAAUAAAGAUUUAAAUGUUCCUGUUUCUCUGCUUCAAAUAACUUUAG